UGCCCCACGCCAGUCUCGCUUUGUCGACGAAACAGUGCUGAGGAGGUUUUUCCUCUGUCCCCCAAAACAUUCCAAUUAGUGCUAGAAACUCCCCCAAAAACAACCCCCACGAGGUGCUCAAAGUGCUCAAGUUGCUUUCUGUGAGGAUCUGUGCCAGGAAAUGUGCAAGUGAAAGUGGAAAAUUUGCUGUGGAGAAAAACAAAAGUCGAGAAUAUCAACAAAAAAUAAAUUAUACUUACUCUGUGGUCUUUGAACAUCAGUCAACAACGAAAAAUUCUUCAGGAGACAACGACAAUCGAAGAAGAAUAUAUAAAUGGGAAUGUGUGAAAGAGAAAUAUUUCUCAAGUGGCCGAAGUGGGAGGCAAGAUAAUGAAGUUGAAUGAAAAAAUAAAAUCAGUGAAGAAGCCGGGUGAAAAGAGAAGUGUAUUAAAUGGGAUUAUUGAAAGAAAAAACACCUACGUGUAACAUUCCAAGUGAAUAGUGUUGGUCUUAAUUUAUUCUAAAAAGAAUCAAAGAAUUAAGAAAAAAAAGGAUCUUGGUGCUCAAACAGAGCAUGAACAAGUGCAGUGUACAAGAGUGAGGCCAAUUUUUAUUCAAGAACAUUCCGAAGGUGGUUUAAGCAUAAUUCUUGAUAAGAAAACGGUGCAAAAAUGAAAGUGACAGUGUCUUUUGGGACUUGCCGUGUGGUUGUACCUUGUGGAAAUGGUGAUCUCCUCGUUAAGGACUUAAUUGAAGAGGCCAUUCGACGAUACAAGAAAGCUUCUGGAAAGGAUCCACAUUCAUGGGUUGUGGUGCAUCAUCUUCAAUCACAGUCCGGAAUCCUUGAUCCGGAUGACUGCGUCAGCGAUGUGGCAGAUGAUAGGGAACAAAUUCUCGCUAGCUUUGACGAUUGCCCCGAACCAAAUGUGCCUCAAGGUGGUGGCGAUGGAGCUAGUGGAAGUUCAGUGGGUACAGGUAGUCCUGACAUCUUUCGUGGUGUCAACAAUGGGAAUCUCAAGAGGGUGUACCCUGAGGAGGCGGUGCCUGCAAAUGACUUAGUGAAAUAUGGCGAUGAUUUACAGUCCAACGGAAGUCGAUCUCACAUUGAAGUAACAGAUAAUGUGAGUCCACUGGGACUGGGAUUGCAAGUGCGUCGAAGUAGUGACCCUUCAAUUCCCCAGACAAUUGUUCAAGAGUGCAAUCAACGGAGUCCACUGUGUAAGUGUCCAACGCACGAGAAGCAGCAGCAAGAGUCGAUGAAAAGAUGGUCAGCAGCACCGGUUUGUCGAAGAGACACAGAUUCUCCAGCUGAACGGAUUCUAGCAAAUGUCGUGAAUAAUUCAGUCAAUUAUUUAGCUCCACCGGCAGCAGCUCAAUGGCCUGGUGCUCAGAAUGAUACAGUGGAAGUCAAUACGAGUCCGGGAACGUCAUUUUCGCGCUCCGGUCGACUUUCAAUGCAGUUUUUGGGUGAAGGUGCACCGGGAUAUCGAUGGAUGGAGGCGGCUGAGAAGGUAGCGGCAAAUGUGGGCCAAUCACCAAAUGGAGCAUCAUUCAAUUCCAAAUCCCUGCCGAGAGAUCUGAAACGGAAAGAGCCACUGGGACAAGCGUACGAAUCCAUGCGCGAUAAGAGAGAUACAGAAAUGCUAUUGGUUAUCAAUGAGCAAGGUGGAGGACCAUUGGGAUUGACAGCAAUUCCAGAUUUGCUAAAUGGGGGCCUGUUGGUGCAGUCAGUGGAGCCGGGAAGUCGGGCAGAGCGUGGAAGAUUGCAGAAGGGAGAUCGAAUACUUGAGAUAAAUGGGAUGAAGUUGGCGGGAAUGUCUGAAGCGAGUCUUCAGAGUUACUUGAAAAAGAGUCUAUCAUCUUCGGAAUUGCGAUUCCGGGUAUCUACGGUUAAUAGAGGUGUGGCCAGGAAGGGGGAGAUGAAGGAUGUUUGCGAUGGAGAUGGUAGAAUUCCGGCCAAAGUGGCCACAGUGUCGCCAAAUAGGAAGAUUGCCGGAGCUCCAGUGACAAAUAGCCUUCAGGCGGCUAAUACUAGAAAACUCGGAAGGAGGAUAGAGAUUGCAUUGAAAAAGGGUGGUCAUGGAUUGGGAUUUAGUGUGACAACAAGAGACAAUCCCACUGGAGGUCAUUGUCCCAUCUACAUCAAAAAUAUCCUUCCACGUGGAGCAGCCAUUGAAAGUGGAAAGUUAAAGCCGGGAGAUCGAUUGCUGGAAGUUGAUGGGAUUGCCAUGACGGGAAAGACUCAAUCGGAAGUUGUGGGUAUCUUGCGAGCUACUCAACUGGGAGCAACAGUAAAGAUUGUUGUGUCAAGGCAAAAUGAUCUUGAGGAGAUUGAUGAGCGUGAGGUGAAAUAUGAGAUUGAUAAGGAGAACAAUAAUGAAGGGACACCACCAAAGCCACCACCACCAAUUCUGCCCCAGAAGCCCCAAAAAUCGCCAUCAGUUAAGAGUCUGGGACAGUCUGAGGGAAAGAAUUCCCUAGGGGCAAAUAGUAGUACAAAUUCAUCCUCAGCAGAGAGUUCUGGUGGGACAUUUUCGUGGAAAAACAGAGAGAUUAUCACACUCCAUAUUCCUGUACAUGAUACAGAAAGGGCAGGAUUGGGUGUUAGUGUGAAGGGCAAGACAGGAUCUAGUGGGAAUAGUGCACUAAAUCGACAGACUGACGGUGAUCUGGGAAUAUUUGUCAAGAGUGUUUUGCAUGGGGGAGCAGCAUCGCGAGAUGGACGCCUCAAGAUGAAUGAUCAACUUCUCAGUGUCAAUGGGGUAUCUCUCCUGGGACAGAGUAAUGCAGAUGCAAUGGAAACUCUCAGGCGAGCAAUGCUGCAUACUGGGGGAAAAUUCCCAGGAGUCAUCACCCUGUCAGUCGCCAGAAAAAUCUCUCGACCGAGCAGUAUGGGAGAUCUUCUGGAAGCUACAGCUGCUGCUGAUAAAGCCAAUGCAACUGUCAUCUACUUGAACUGUGAGCCACAGAACAACCAAAAGGACGAUAGUGGCAUGGAAAUGUGGAAUAAUCCUGUGAUUGAGAGGCUAACAGGAGGUGUUGAGAUGAAGCAACCAAUGACUUCUUCGCCCUACGCUGCAGCAGGCCUUCGCAAUGAGAGUUACUACAUGGCUACCAAAGAUUGGAGUCCACUGGCUGUCAAUAACAAUAACAUCAAUUACAGGAAUAACUCCAUUCUCAUUGAGGAGGAUUCUGAACCAACAUCACCUAGGACUGUCCCAAAUCGUCCGCAAUAUCAGUCGAUGGCAUCGGCAGAUUCAAAUGCAACUCUUACGUCGGGUGAUGUCACAUAUUCCAGUCAAUUAUCUCUUGAACCACCAACUGGUGAGGCUUUUAGUCGAGAUGCCAUUGGACGGAGAUCGAUCUCUGAGAAGCAUCAUGCAGCUCUGGAUGCCAGAGAAACGGGAACAUAUCAGAGAAAUAAGAAACUUAGGGAAGAUCGUGAGAGGGAGAGAAAAGCUGCAAUGGCUGCAAGUGGAUCGGUUGAGUCCCUGAGUAAGAUGAAGAAGAAGGGAAGUAAUUCCAAUAUGCAUGCAGCUGAAGCAAUGGAUCGCGUGACGGAUCUUGGACCGUCUCUGGGAUUGAAGAAAUCAUCGAGUCUUGAAUCGCUUCAGACGAUGGUCCAUGAAAUCCAGAUGGCAGAUGAACCGCGAGGUCCAGUGGCUCUUCGGACGCCACGUGGACGUGGCAGAGAUGAAAUUCUCAGAGCAGCUGUCGAGAGUCCUCCAGAAGCAACAUCGUCGGAUUCUCGCAAAAAGUGGCUCCUGGACUAUGAUGGCCCGGAUAUCCAGGGGAUGGGAAAUAGAAAUAGUCCCCUGCAGUCCUCCAUGAACAGUGGGAAGCAGAAGAGAAGUGGCAGUGGCAAGAAAUCGAGUUUGCUGAAGGGGAUUGGUCAUAUGUUCCGUUUCGGGAAGCACAGGAAGGAUGGUAUUGCACCGGCUGAGACAAUGAGUUCCUUGGAUGGGCAUCAGAAGAAUGCCGGACCGAAGCGGGAACUACCACCAAAGCCAUACAAUGGAACGGGAAGACCAAUGGGAGGUCCACCGGGAUAUCAACCACCUCCAGCACCCAAUUCUGAAGCACCCACCGUCAACAAUGAUCACUUCUUCCAGCGCUACCGACCCGGCUUCAAGUACGACGAUCAUCAGGAGCAAAUAAGUUCUCCCUCUUCUGACCAACUGUCUGAAUCUACACUCACACAGAUGAGACAGCAAGUAAUGCACCAAAGAGUUAAAGUUGAAGAGGAAAGCCGAAGCCAUCAGCAGUAUCAAUCACAGCGAUCGGUUCGCACGGUAAAUGCAUAUCCGACGAGACAGAAUUCACGUCCAAUCUCCAGCUACUAUGAAUAUGAGACCCUUCAAUUUCCAACGGAUAGUCGUUCUGAAUGUGGCUGGAAAGGAGGGAAUUCGGGGGUUCCGGUUGGAGGAAGGGGAAGACAGUGGAAUGGUGUGGGUGGAAGUACCCGAAGCCGAGGUCCUUUUGUGACUCAAGUCACCAUUCGCCAACCAAAUCAGUCAAAGUCACAGAAUUCCCAGCCAUCAUCGAAGGUUUAGGAGGAAAUCGCCGGUUCGAUCAGCAAAUGCUGUAAACAAUGUGAUUUAGCAGCCACUUCAGGAGACGAUCUCGUAAGUUUCAGAAGAUAUUUUUCUUUAACACAAAAAGUGCAUUAGUUUAUUAUUUUGAAUGUGUAGAAGUGAGAGUGUUCUCUCUUUUGUCAAAUUCCAUUUUGAAUUCCAUUUCUAAAGUAACUUCUUUGAUUUUUAGAGUCAAACAGUAUUUUUUGGAAUAUCUUGAUAUAAUGUCCAUUAGUAUUAUCUAAAUUUUUUCAAGCAUACAUUUUUCCAUUUAUCGAAUAUUAGCGAUUUAUGUCGAAGUAAAAGUGUUGAUAUCUCUGAGAGAAAUUCUUUGAAUUCCCAAUUGCAAAAUCAAGUUAUAAUUGAAAUAUUUUAUCAGCACUGGUUUGUUGUAUUAGAAUAAUUCAACCCAGCUCAGAAGCUUUAAUAAAUUAGACUUGUUGAAAAAGGUGUGCUUACAAUCCUAAUUAUUAUUCCAUGGAGAGUUUUUAAAAGAAAAACAGAAUCGAAGUAGAAGUGCUUGAUUUAUUUGCAAGAAAAAAAGUCGCCAGAAAGAUUUUAUUAGCAAAUAAUUAUGAUACUUGUAAAAUAAUUGUGCUAUAUUCUUUAAGAGAAAAAAAAUAUCAAUGCAGUGUCUUACUAAAAAAAAACAUAAAGAGUAUAUUAUACAUAUCUAAUUAUUAUUGUAAACAGGAAAUUAUUUUCUCUCAAUUAUAACCUUCAAGCUCAAUGCUGAUUUAACCGGCCCUUUUUUUGUACUUAAAAGUAUUUUCCAAUGAGAUUAACAAGAAUUGUAAUUAAUAUUUUGUACUUAAUUAUCGUUCAUUUAUUACUUACUUGACAAUUAUUUAUAAAUAUGUAGAUUUGCAUUGAAGUGCCUACGAAUUCAGUAGAAUAUUGUAAUUGUAAAAUCUCACACUGUAAUUUAUCAUUAAUUUCUUUGUCCAUCGAUAGAAAACCUUUUUGCCUUAGGAGGAAUUUCUUAUACUGUGAUUGAAAAGACAAGAACCGAUGUUUUAUAUCGGAUCCCAUUUACCAGUUUUAAAUUGACUUCCAUUGAGAAUAUUGAGGACACUAUAGAGAGAGAGAGAUAGGAAAAAAGUAUAAAUAAAUAAAAAAGACAUUUAUUGUAGAAGAAUAUAAUAGAAUGUAUUUUUCUGAAAGAAUUAUAUUUUUAAAGAGAA